AUGGCUCUGGUCCAUCCCACUCUGGGAUUCGUCAAUCCACCAAAUUAUGUCUUUCCUCAUCACCGUCUGUCUCGUGUGCUUCGGGAUCCACAGAAGACGCCAAUAGUGCUGGUAGCGUGUGGGUCUUUCAGCCCUGUCACCUAUUUGCAUCUACGCAUGUUCGAAAUGGCCAAGGACUACGUCCGCCAGAAUACCGAGUUUGAGAUCGUUGGAGGUUAUCUCAGUCCAGUCAGCGAUAUGUACAAGAAGCCAGGCUUACUCAGCGCGCAGCAUCGAAUUGCUAUGUGUACCCUCGCUGCCGAAGAUACCUCGUCAUGGCUCAUGAUAGAUUCCUGGGAGGCUGUCCAAACGUACCAGCGGACCGCCGUUGUCCUUGACCAUUUUGACUACGAGAUAAAUACUGUCUUGGGCGGGGUACAGACCGAGGACGGCGAACAUCGAACUGUUCGGGUCAUGCUUUUAGCUGGCUCAGACCUAAUUGGCACCAUGUCCGAACCCGGUGUAUGGAGCUACCAAGAUCUAGAUCACAUCCUGGGACGAUAUGGGUGUCUUAUUGUCGAGCGUGCUGGUUCAGAUAUGGAUCAAGCUACGGACAGCCUUGCGCGUUGGCGUCACAAUAUCUAUCUAAUCUCGCAGCUUAUUCAGAACGAUGUCUCGAGUACCAAGGUUCGGUUAUUCAUCCGCCGCGGUCUAUCUGUGCGAUAUCUCCUGCCAACAGCCGUCGUGGACUAUAUCGAACAACACGGACUGUAUCAGGAGGACAACGCGUCGGCACCUUCCUCGUCGAUUGGUGAAAAAGGCAAGGAGCGUGACCAGGCAGGAGGAUCUAAGUCAUAG